GCGACCACUCAGCCAUUUUCUUCAGUUUAAUGUGGUGUUAGCACACGCAGCUAGCUGUUUCAAAUAUUGGUUACACUGAUUACAUCGGUUAAAUGAAGGGGGGAUGUGUAAUUUCCAAACAAUCAAAUUGCAUGCAGUAGUAUAUUUAUCUUAGUUUUAGUCGCGACAUCUCAGUGACAGUUGCGUUUUGUUGUUGCGUGUCGACGUUAAAGCUAAUAAAUGUCAAGAUCAAGGUCCAGAUCACCUCGUUUCAGAAAGUACCCAUGGGAAGAACCUGACUUUGAUACUCACAAAGUUCUUGCAGAACUGGAUAGGAAUCCACAGGAGAGAAGCCAUCGCUUCAGAGAAGGUCCCAAAGAACCUGGGGACUCUUUCAACGAUAUGUACCCAGAAGGCCAGAGAAGAUCUCCUUUCCCAGAUGACUAUCAGUUUCGGCAUCAGCAUCAUCCAGACCAGGGGGAGUUCUACCACCGGAGGUCACCACCCCAUCAUGAUGGGAUGCACUAUAAAAAACAAAGGCUUUCUCCUCUGGAUGAUGGAGGGUUUGACAUGGAGAGAGAGAGACGAGGUUUUAGAGAACACUCUCAGAGGUUUGAAAAAAGAGGAGUCAUGUCCCAGUCGCCUCCGCAAAUGACGAGAGGAUUCCCGUCGACUCAGAGGUCUCACUCAGACCACCGACAGAGAGAGAUGGGACCAAGCUGGAGGAGAGAAGGACCGGACAGAGGUCAGGGGAGGUUCAGAGACUUUACCCCUAGUAUGAGGUCAGGUGAACACAGAGCUGGUGACAGGGAAAGAGGAAGAAGGACCCCACAGGGUCCUGAUAGAGGCAGGCAAAGGGAGAACCCACACCAUGAGAGAGGACCCCCUUUUAAAAGGCCAAGAAGAGAAAUGGAUAGCGCCGAUCAUUUUGGGUACAGGGAUGAGGAGGACUUUGGGGGAAAGGGUUUCUCAGUGGACACACCCAGAGGUGGGUUUAAAGGAGGCACUCGGGGGAACUUAACCCGAGGAGGCAUUCGGCACUCAGGCCCACUUGACAUUGAUCAUGGUCGUGGCAUCACAGACAGCAGAGAACCUUCACAAUGGGAACCGUUUGAGGAUCGCAGACGCCAUUACCCUGAAUUUGAUAGGCACAGGAGUCCCCGUUCAAUGGAUUCUCUUCAGGAGCGUUUUCGGCCAUCAGACAGCAGGUUGGAUGACCGAGAAGGAACGCUGGAUUACCAUUUUAAAGAUGAUUUAGGGGACCCCAACUAUCAUGAAACAAGAAGGAACUCAGCGCCGCAGGACAGACCAAAUACCACGAAAUAUGGCAAUGGGGAUGGUCCCAUGAACCACAGGGGGAGGGGUGGUGUAAGAAGGAGGUACGACCAAGGUCGGGGUGGAAGGAUUGAGCACCCCAGGAAUCAACCACGUGUACAGCAGUCCUCCCAGGGAUACCAGGAUCUCCCUUGUGAAGAGCAGAGGCCAGAACACCGACCUUUCAGGGAUGACUUUGGAGAGUCCUUUGAAGAGGAGUCUAACUGGGAGGAAAAAGGCAGACUUCAGCAGUGGAAACAGAACAGGUCUGGAAGUUUGGACCGACAAAGAGAUGACUUGAACCCUAAAAUGUCCCGUCAGAGGGAACACGGAUGGAACAGUCAGAAACCUGACAAUAUGACCGUUGUUACAGAGGAAACACUAACCAUCAAAGUGGACAUGAGUCGACCUGCAAACCAAAACAGCCUGCUGUGUUACUCCUCAGACAGACAACUCUCUUUGGACCUGGUCAACGUGGGCCGGCAGCGUCUGGACUUCCUGCCCAUGCUGGAGCACUCGGGGACAUACCAGGAGACCGCCAUGCACACUGGGACGUUUGCCCAGGAAAUCAUCACACUGGUGCAUCUUGUCAAAGAACAAUAUUUCAGAGGUGAUGGAGUCACCCUGAAUGAACGUUUCUCAGCUCCACAAGGUGGAGGUUACUCUGAGGGAGAGCCGGAGGAGAUGACGUUGAGCCAGAGAUUCAGUUCAAACAGAGGCUUCAGUUUAAAUAUGGAGUCGUUACUGGAUGAUGAUGAUGAACCGCUCUUCUCACGAAUGGGACCGAUGCAGGGUUUGCGCAAGCAGCCACUGCGAGGUCCUGGAGACCUGAGACACGACCUGGAGAGGAGGCGACAGGAGAAGCUGGAGGGAGUUCAAGUUACCAUACCAGGAAACAGCCUCCCCCAAAGCUCCAUGGAGCCCGUCAGUGAGUCGGAUCGGUUGUCUCCGAUGGACCAUGAAGGAUUUUCCAACUGGUCAAGAGGCCAAAACAGGAGAAGAGAAGGAAACUUUGGACCACGGGGAGGCCCUUCAAACAGGCUGAACAUGGGCCCUCAGCGCAGGAACAGCCGCUUUGGUAAUCAGCGACACGACAUGCACAGCAGUCCGACAGGUCCUACUUGGUGACUGGACUCUGCAGAGGUAUUCUGUCUGAUGAGGAGUUCAUGCAAGUUGGAGGAACCAGUGUUUGGUCUCGGCCUGAAUGAUGUUCAUGAUGUUAGAAACUGUGAAGACGUUAAAGCUCCAUUUUAAAUUUUUUUUCUUCACGAAUGAAACUACGUUCCUUGUUUUACAUACACCUGUUGUGUCCUCAGUCCUCUUUAUGUUGUGAUACUACAAUUUCUUUUAACUUUUUUUACUUAAUUCUCUCCAUUUGAUUUAAUUAGAAAGUUAAACUGAAACUGAUGGAAGAUGUUUAUCGUGCUGGAUCCAGUCUGAUGUUGGUUGACGUGGAUCGGUCUCAGUCUGUGGGAAAAAGUGAAAACACUUCUGGUUUUGUGAUUACAGAAUGUACAUACACUAUCCUCUUAAAAAGACAUGUUUCUAAUAAACGUAGAUGUAUAAAAUGUU